UCGUCUGACGUGGGAGAAACCAAAGCAAGUCCCCUGUGACAUCAAGAUUAAGAUCAAGCCGAGCAAUGGCAGCCGUGGGUCAGCUGGUGCACCUCCUCAACCAUGAUUAUCCUCUUUCUCCUCACCUUUCACACCCAUGUAGUCGUCAGUAGUGUGAGGCUGGUGCCUGAGGUGAGCCAGGAGGGGCUGCUGCAGCCCUACUCCACCUACGCCGAUGUCACACUCUUCCAUUUCCACAUUCCCCAUGAGGUGACCCGCGUGACCUGGGAGUUUGCAGCCUUCAUGGAUGACCCGGGGUGCCCUGUGCGCGAGGUCCACAUACUUGUUCAGCAUGGGAGUUACCCUGUCAUCACCCCAAGCAAUGCAACACUGCGGGAUUACAUGUACCUCCACAAAGCCUCUGUCCAUAAGGUGUUGACAAGGUCUGCCUUCCAGCCCCACGAUGCAACAGUCCUGGCUGUGUACAGCCCCCUGCCGGGCAGCUGGUUCACCGCUGCCUACAUCCCAGACUGGAACGAGCAGAUGCAGCAGGAGGGCAUCAUCCACAAGUGCCGGUACAGCCUGGGAUCCAUCGCCAUGUGGAGCCAGAAAGACAAGAUAAAGACGCUCCACAUUGGCACCAAGCAGUCCAUACACACCCACGAGAACCUUUCCUACUAUAGAUUCUAUGUUCCCUCCCACACCUGGCUCCUGCAAGUCAACGUCUCCAAUUGUCGCAUGUUGGAGCACACUUUUGACCACGGUUCCAGCGAGCGAGUGUUCCGGUGGUGUGUGCGGUCCCUGUCCCUGCAGGCACGUUCCCUUCCCAUCUACUCCCCGGAGUCCGGUGUGGCAAACAUCACACGUGGAUCUGGCCACGUCUUUCUGGAGAAGCGUCCGUUUGCUGAUUCCUAUUACUACCUCCUGGUGGACACUGAGGGAGAGACUGGCCUGGACAUCACCAUACAGACCAGCGAAUGCAGCAAUGCCUUCAGGAAACCCAAGCCACACAUCAGAGAAGUGAAGUCAACGGAGUACACGGAAGUUGCCUCGGAGCAGGAGGUGGAGCUGAUCAGGACGGCCAUGCCCAUCAACAUCACCGUGUCUGUGUCCACUGAGGAAGUGAUGUCGUCCUCCCCAUCCCCGCCCGUGGCCUCCAAGGUGCAGGACUGGAAGGAAGUGUGGCCUAACAGAAGCAGCAACUCCCUCCAGGCCCUCUUCCACGUCCCUGAUGAGUCUGGCCACCGUGGGGACACGCUGGACAUUGAGGGACACCAGUGCUUUCCUGUCCUCCCACUUGCCCGCAUCAAGUACGCCAGCGACUUCACCGACACCUUUCUUAUACAGGGCCCCGAGUGGUACAGCACAUGGCUCUCGGUGCAGAGGAACCUGCCAGUGUUCACUCACCUAACGCUCUUGCCUUUCACUGACAUUGGCGGGACACUCAACAUCAAUAUCCUCAUGAAUGAACGCCUUAUGAACGCCACGCACCAGCUGGUAACAGUUCUGGGGUGUGUGAGGAAGGGACGGCCACCGGAGAUGAGGAACCACUCACUGGUAUGUGACGGGGAUUCCCUCACCCUCAACAUCAGCUCCUCCUCAAGGGCCACCAUCGAGGACCUCAUUCUCAUCCCCUUCCCCGAGCCUGACGUCUGGUUCCUCGCCCUGCAGCUCAUCUGUUACAGCGACGGGUAUGAGGUGCCGUGCAUCGUGGACCAGGCAAUGGUGAGCCUUGACGUGCGAACUCAGCCGUGUGUCUUCGCUGGCGAGAGCCCCUGCGGACCCCACGGCCUCUGUCAGGAGACCCACCGCGGCAUGUUCUUCUUCACCAGCUGUAUGUGCACGGAGGGCUGGCAGGGCUGGGGCUGUGAGGACGGGAACGCCGCGCAGGGCUGGAGCACCGUGCUGACCGGGGUGUGUCUCCUGACCCUCAGCAACGUGUUCUUCCUGCCGCCGACAGUCAUGGCCCUGCGCCGCUGCCUCUACUCCCAGGCACUGCUCUUCAGUGCCACCAUGGUCGCCUCGGUGCUCUACCAUGCGUGUGAUAAUGAGGUCUUGUCCUACUGCCUCACCAAGUAUGAAGUGCUGCAGUUCACCGACUUCUUCUUUUCGCUGCUGUGCUUCUGGGUGACGGUGGUGGGGCUCGGCGGCAUCGACCAAGUGCUGUGUCCCCUGCUGCACACUCUUGGGGUGGUCAUCAUCGCUCCAGCCGUCCAGUACAGUCGCACUGCCCUCGCCUCCUUCACGGUGCCCAUGGCCAUCGCCGCCUCCAUACCUCUCCUCCAUGUGGCAUACCAGCGGUGUAGGAAAGGCUCCUGGCCAACCAUCCAGGCGGAGCAACUCCUGUACCGGGGAGUUGGUGUGGCCCUGGCGCUCACCGGCCUUAUCCUGUUUGGCCUCCUGCAGACCAAGAAUAACUAUAAGUAUGUGCACAGCGCUUGGCACGUGGUCAUCGCACUCUCUCUCGUCUUCCUGCUUCCGUCCCGCAACCUGGCCAGUCAGCCGGGCAUGGCCGCCCACAGCCCCAGCAGCAGGCAGCCCGUCUCCCUCUCCAGCGACGACGCAGAGCUGAUUGAUGUCGGAGAAGCGACAUUUGACUACACGUCGUCGCCCGUCUUCCAUGUUACCUCGGACGUUGAUUUCUUGUUGACGGACAGUGAGGAAGAUUACCGAGGACCAAAUAGUAGUAGUGAGUAGCAGCGUUUGUAUUUAUGACUAUCCUGUCAUCACCCAUCACCCUUCACAUGAGCUGUCUAGAGCCAGGCAUUGGGUAGGUUCAGGGUGUCACCCACACCUUCAGCAUCCUAACACUGCACAAUCUUCAACAUUUUAAAGCAUUAGAAGUCAAAGUGGAAGGCUGAACCUAGUAAGGGAAGGACUUUGAGUUCAUGCCAUGGCUGUUUGCAGCAAUGAACAAACUUGUCAGGCUGGAUUUCACUGGACAGUAUGUGUUGUAGAUAAUGGAGUUCUUGUAUCCUGAAAGAAGUGGGUCUUUUAACAUCACUGAUAAUAAAUGGCUUAAUGUAUUCAAAUGCUGGAGGAAUAAGUGACAUUCUCAAUCUAUAUAGAGAGACAAACAGAGUUGUUUUGAAAUAGAAAAUGCAUUUCACAGAUAUUUUUUGCAAUGAUUUUCCCGUGCACAGCCUUCCCAGGGAAAGUGUUCACAUAUGAGCACUUGGGCCAAAGCUCUUAAUGUUUCUUAGCUUGGACCUGCAAACCAAGCUCAUUAGUUGUUGACAAACAACCUCUAACCAUUGCCAUCACAGUCCACUGGCUUUUAGUAACUUUAUCAGAUGAGAGGUGUGGGAUAGCCUGUAGGGGUGGGAGAAACAUGCAUAGUUACUUGGAUAGCUACUUAGAUAGGUUCUUGGAUUAAGAAGCAAUGAUGGGUUGAGGUUUGCAGGUGUUCAAGGCAUUUCACCGCCUUUCACUCAACAUGACGGAUGGCUCAUGAGGUCCUGUAUGUGUCUAUGGUACAAACUUGUGAAUGGUCAGACUGCUUAAGGUGUGGUCCACGUUUGACAGUCCAGGUGGAAGCAUUUCCCUGUCAGUUUUCUUGUGCUCUGAGCGGCCUUCAACAGUGUUUUCUUAGAAAUUUUUAGGGAGAAAGAUGUAGUUGUGUACUUGCUGGAAAUUGUGAAGAAUAUAACUUUGUAGUUUUACAUGAGUAAUUUUGAUGUGAAACUUAGGUCAUUAUAGUUUGUGAAAGCUCUUUCUAAUGAACCUGAAAAUAUUUUUAUGCUUAAAAACUUCAUGUGGAAUUAAUGAUACUUGCAAGGCAAAGAAGUGGAUGGGGUGAAUGAGUGUAGAGAUGAGGUUUUGGUACCGAAUGAUGUAGUGUAAUUCUGAACAUAUGUAGGAAGGAGAAGGCAGUCCUUGUGUUGGUGAAGGUAGCACAUUAAGACUAACCAAAGAAAAUAAUAAUUUCAUAGAAGUCAUAUACUCAGAUUAAAACAAAAGGCAAUUACUGGUGAUGUUUUUAAUAAAAUUCUGAAGCAUUCCUGGAAUUGCUAUCACAUAGCAAUCUACCACAUACUGACACUAUUAUGGGUCCAUGGGGGGUGAUUUCUGAGCAUUUUAAUUGCCCUAAACAAGUUUAACAUGUAAAUUUUCACCCCAAGAGAAAAGGACUGAGUAUAGUGUACAGUAGAACUUUAUGCAAGAAUAACUAAAACUAAACUUAAAUAAUUCUGGUCCUGUUCAGUCAAUCUGUACGGUGUGUGUGCUCAUAAAUGGUGCAACAUGUUAGCACUACAAUAGGCACUGCAAAUAAACAGACCAGCUGCAGGAUGGCUUGAAUAUCACAAAAUAAACAGCGAUAAUGCACGCCAAAUACUAGCUGAGGAUGGUCAGGGAAGCAGUGCGGUGGGUGACAACAGUGCGCUGCGCUGGUGCAACCUUUGGUGCACUCCGAGUCUCGGUUUGAAAUCUGACAGUGAAUGAGUGACAGAGGAAUAAUUGUUUUAGUGAUGUUGCUAUCAAUAUAGACGACAAUGGUUAUUAGUUGGCCACCAUAGUUGUAGCAGAUUUAAUAUAUACCAGACCAUCGUGGAAUGGACUCCACCUGUACUCUGCAUCACAUUGCAUGAAGUGUGUUGUGUUGCUGGCCAUUUUGGUUUGUGACAAAGUAAACCCUACAGGGACCCUCCCCUCUUGGGUCUCAGUGACUCAUCCAUUUAUCUGUUCACCAACACAUUCAUUCCUGUGGCAUUGAGUACAGUAGUUUACCUGCACUGGUUUUGAUUCAAGGGGAAACCUGUGGAAGUAUCAGUUAAAUAUGGUCAUAAAACUUUAUUGAGAUUAAUAUUAAUAUAUUGUAUAUGUUUAGCAUUUUGAUGGAAAUGGAGAUUCUGAGUUUUUUUGUUGUCUCUGGUCUCGGUGGAUACUUUAGCAGGUGUGUGGUUAGCUGUAGGUGUUUGUGUGUGGUAACUGGCAGUGAUGUGGCAGAGGGUGAUGGAAGGGAGUCCUGGCAGUGACUACCACUGCACUGUGACUGCUGUCUCUUUACAGUGCUACAAGGAUGUCUUGUGCACAGCUACAGUUUGUACAGGAUACUCAAGAUCAACACUUGGAUCACCAUAUGAAUAGACUAAUUUUGUUUCCAAGUGUACAUUCAUCAUUGCUCAACACUGUUUCAUUGAGCAUCAAGCCUUUUGAUGGGAGUGAGGAGUGCUGCCACAGCACCAUGUGGUGCUGCAGCUGUAACACCUCCAACAGGGGCAUGUGUAACAGCUCUGCCUUGUCAUGCACAAAAUUUCUCCGUUUACUCUCGGGUACCAAAACUUUUGGUCGUGUCGUCCUCCUCCCAGUUGGACAUCCUAACAGUUUGAACCAUGCAGCUUGUACACUCAAGGCUGAAGGUACCUUCCAUCAAGAUCCAGACCACUCUUUUGUACAUUAUGUAGCUUCUGCCUUUCAUAGUAGCCACCUUCAUAUAUAUAUAGCAUAGAGCAGUUAACUGCUACAUUUGAUGUACUUAUGUAGCACAAAGUAUAUUUCUGUAGAUGAACAGGUCUCAGUCAUUUAUUGAGGUGCCUUCUCACAUCUGGUGCACUGAAGUCUAAUCACUAUCAUGUCUUGAAUCAGGUUGUUGACAUGGGUCACUCCUCAGAGCUUUAGGGAGUCAUGUCUGAUUGUAUAACUAGGUUCAUAAGAUAGUUUGUGUUGUGCAGCAAGGGGUGUGGAGUGUGUGUGCCUGUGCAGGCUGUAGCUUUUGUACUCUUGCACAGGAAACACUUGGCUUGGCUUGCAGCAAUGUGUCCUGCAUCGUGGGAUGCACACUCACUUGUCAGUGUUCAGUAACUUACGCAGCUGAUGAAUCUCAACAGUGCCUGCUGCCAACUUUUUGUGUAUGUAUGUGUGUGCUAAUCACCACAGACUGAUCACGUGCUGUGUGUGUGUUCGUGUGUGUGCAGCUGAAUCCUCUAAUGAGGAAUCUGUAAAUUGGAAAGUCUUAUUGUACAAGGAGAUGCAGUUUUACUCCUGACCAUUGUAAGGUUCUCCUGGGCCUGGCUGUACAAGUGGCUGUCAGCCCAUCAUCACAAGGUACCUGCAUCAGGCGCGUGACAGUUCAAGUGACCCCGUGUGUGAGUCACCUGCACUGUCACCUGUCCGGCGGGCAGACAGCCACACACCUGAGCCAGGCCUCACAACUAGUGGAAGGAGUUGACAUUAGUAGGGUAGUUUUUUAUUGAUUUUUUUCUGUGUGUGUAAUGGUUAGAGUUUUAAAGGUGUUUUGAAGGUCUUUUUAGAAUAUGUUUGCCGCUUUGUACGCAUCAUUCUAGCUUAUGCUCAGAUGAAAAAGAAACCUGCUGUGGGAAAUUGAACAGAGAUGAAAAUAUAAUACAGUACUCUUAACAUUUGUUUUGUCUGUAAUUCAUAUUUGAAAUAUUUCAAUUUCCAAGGUGUGAUUUAUCUGAGCGAAGCAUUAAUUAGGUUGAUAUGGAUGUACAAGUUGGCAAACCUAUCUUACCUAGGGCCAAGGGAUCAAGGUUUACUAUGAGACGCUCCGUGCAAGACUUCAGCCCGGCCCUCCAUGGUUGUGAAGUGACAUUCCCUAAGAUGCUAGAAGCUAUUGACCUUAUGCAGUAAUGUCAAGUGUUUCCAGUUUGUCUAUGCAGUGAGGCUUACUGCAUAGACAUCAUGGCUCAGUCUGGCCAGAAUCACUGCUAGGAAAUUCACUAUCAGCAGUCCCCUUUAUAUGUAUGUUCGAUAUACAUACAGUACUCACUUAUUCAUACACAAUUUUUCACCAAAUAUCAAUACUCAUGCAAUAUUUGGUUAUACAUUUGAGAAAGGAGUUUGAAAGUUUGAAUUUUGGGGGACUUAGCCAGGGCAGCGCAAGUUACACACCCAUUUGUACCGGCGAUGUCAGAGUGUUGUGCUCAGGACUUAAAAGAAGCUUACAUGCUCCUGCACACCAGACUUGACCGAGUUAUACCCGGUGAAAACCUCCCAGGCCUGGCCCCAGAUGGGAGGUGGGGAGGCACAUAGAUGCCACCCACUGCUGGAUGAAGUAAGAAGAGUUCAGCAUCAAUUUUAAAUGUAUGAAUUACUGUAUUAUUACCUUGGAGAUUUUAAGUGCUCACUACAAAUUUAUGUAGCUUGAAUAUACAUAAGUGGGGGACUGCCUGUGCAGAGAUAAAUAAAUUAUACCAACACUUGGAAGCAAAACAUGAGAACUGUAAUAAGAAUAAUAGCAAUAGGAACAAAAAAAUCCAUAUGAAAAUAUAGAAUCUACAAAUUUAUUCCUAUUAGAGUAUCUUACACUUUAGGGUUUGUUUGCCAGUCCACUUGCACCACUCCAGUCAGCACUGUUAGUAAGGAAGGAAACUGCUGGAAAACUGAAUUGAACUUAAAAACAAAAGUCAGAAUAUAGUCUGAUUAUCAAUGUCUUUUGACUUUCAUUAUAAUAUAUUCGCUUCAUUUUCCAGGACAGUUUUCUCCAGAUGAGGAUCGAUUGGAGCUGGGUGUGUAGAUUAGCAAACACGUCUUAAGGUAGACAUUUGAAAAGUUAAAUCCUCCGUGUCAUAUUGUUAGGUUGUCUUGCACCUGGUAUUCUUGCCUGCCAUGCCUCGUACAACACUUACAAGAGCCUGCGGUGGGCGGCUUCAUCAUGGUCAUGGCCGCCUCUCCCAGGCGUGUUUGUUUGUGGCCACUGCUGCCCUUUGUGCCACUGGUGCACCCCCUCGUGUCAGGGGGGGACCCGGGGCAGUGAAAUCAUUGAUAAAAUGGUGCCAUUUAUACAGAGGACAUUUUCCCUGUGCCAUCUGAGCACUGUGGCAGAAAUGUAGAGUUAUAUUGUAAUCUUUUGGUACCUUCGUGAUACUGACCUAAGGUUCGCUUGCACAUCUUAUUAUUGUCUCGGAGCUACGUCAGCUAAUUCAUCUAGUCAGUAGGUAUUAUGUCAAGUAGGUACGUAGUCUGUCUGUCUGACCGAUCUCUUUCUGUAUCUUGACCUAUCUCCCUACCCACCUACCUACACCUCUGUCUAUUGGUACAGCUAUGUAUGAUAUUAAAUAACUCCUUUUUAAUAUUUUAGUGAACUAAUUUUAUAGGAAUGUAAAUCACUGCCAUAGAGAUAAUUAUUGUUGGUGCAUAUCUUAAGGUUCGAGGAAAAACCAAGUCUCUUUCUCUGUCUCUUUAUCUAUCAAUCUCUCUCCCUCCCGUCAUGGUGUAAGAAUGAGUCUUGGUGAUCUGUGUCGUCAGUGAGGUGGGUCUCGGUGCCACUUUCUCACUCCUGUUGUGCCUCGCGGCUCCCUGUGUUGGCGGCAGACUGAACCAAGUGUGCUGCUUCAAGGCACGCAACGCACUACUAACAGAUCUCACAGUGUUCAUGAAGUUUGCCAGGUGACUCACACCAUUCCACCAGGCAUCUCACAAAUAUAAAUACUUUGGAAAAUUGAGCUGAGGCAUGAAAAUAUACUUGCCAAAUUAAAUAAUGUUUGCCACCUAUAAUUUGAAAUUACCAUUUGUAUGCCAGCUUAGAUAAAUUUACGCGAAUAGUUUUUUUCUGAUGUCAUUAAUUAAAAUGGUGAAUAUGAAUUGGUAAAUUUGCCCUGCAUUGCUUAGUGAUGAAUGUGAUCCCAUAUGAUCCUGAAGGAUAUGGUUCUAAAAUACUGUGGAGCUGUUCAGUCACCCUCAACACAGGAGGCUGGAGGCACCGUCAGCACGGUACUUUGGUACACCAAGGGAUGAAGGUCCUUGCAGGGCUGCAGGGGCCAGGUGUUCAUGAACUACCUGUCCUGUGAUGCUGCCCCAGUUUGCUCUGUCACCACUUUAGCUUGAUAUCAAAAUUAAUCCUGUAAUUCACACUGAGGGGGUUUAGUAUGCAGUAUAUUGCUUCUCAGAUCUUUCCCUAUGGUUAGACAUGAAAGACUUCCCCGUGGGAGGGAGUCCAGGCUUUUCACCUCAGUGAGUGCCAGGCUGCCACACCUCGCGCUGGUGCCUGGCUGGAGCAAGGGGGUGACGGGUGCUGGUUGGACAGGACUGACGGUGCUCAGAGCCCAGCAAGACUUUCUCCUAGCGUGUACUUUUUAUGACUCCAUGUACUACACAGAUAUCAUAGCGUACUGCAAGAAGAUAUUUUCUCUGUCUAUUUAUAGUAUAUUUAUAACUGUAUAAAAGAACAUUUGACUCACGCAGUAUAUAUAAAUAUAUAUAUCUAUAUUAAA